AAUGAAUAUAACGGAUAUGACUGAAGAGUUCGAGAACUUCUUGACAUUUACGAGCUGCUUUACGAUCUCGGAAAUACCCUAUGAAGAUCGUUGUGUACUGAUUAAUAAGCUAAAAGACUGCCAGCGAAUUAGCAAUCUUCUCAACUAUUUACGCAUAUUGUACUGUACAAUUCAAAUUCGUGACUGGCCCGUAGAAGCCGUAGCCGCAUGCAUUAUGUUGGUGGUCGUAUUUGCUCUCUUGAUACUGGUGGGCUUAGCCGUGGGAAAUCACUUAGGACCUGCACUGAAAAUUCUAUCGAUAAAAUUGCACAUGAACGAGUACUUAGCGGGCGUUACAUUACUCGGCUUCGCCAAUGCCUCACCCGACGUGCUGGCAAAUUUGAUGCCUAUUCGAUCCGAUGCUCCGGUUUAUACAAUUACUAUAAGUAAUGCAGUUGCUGUUAUUUUGCUUAGCGGAGGAACGGUUUGCUUUAUGAGGCCCUUCAAAAUGAAUGGGCAUAGCACAGUGCGUGAUCUUUUGUUCGUGCUAUUAGGGAGCGAGACGUUUACUUUCCUAAUAAUGGGUGACAAAAAGAUAUCAGUCGUUGAGAGUCUGGCUCUUAUAGCAACGUACAUAGUAUAUGUGUUAGUUAACAUAGUCGAUUUGAUAAUCGCUCGUAUAACAAGAAACUCUCUACGCGAAAAACUCCUUAGAUUAGCGACACAGCCACCAUCGAAGGCUCGAAAUCAGCAGAUCAAACAACUGCGUGCUUCCUACAGUGAAUUGGAUGAUGAUGACACUGUGACGAUAACUGACCAUAAUGCACAUGUGUUCGGAACACAGCCGCGUUCUUCAUGGCGUGAUAGUGGACCGCGGCGGUCCUCAGAAUACUUUAGGGAAAAGUUUUCCUAUGGCCUUGGCACACAGAAGCCAGAGCCCCGUCCCUCAACCAUCGACUUUAACAUGACACGCACCAUUCUGCACAACGAGAACAAUCCGAAGAACCGUUUCCUCUUUAUUGAAUUCUUUGAAUCGAUCAUACCCAUCGACAUCGAGCAGUGGAAAUAUAGUGGAUGGUGCUUCCGUUUGUUUAUGAUUUUAAGGGCGCCCGCAGUAUUUAUUUGCACACUAUUCAUACCCGUCGUAAACUACGAAAUGGACAAACACGGCUGGAGCAAGUUGCUGAACUGCUCACAGAUUAUUACCAACCCCAUCCUUAUAAUCACUCUAAUAAGCUCAUUAAAUGCCAAAUUAUAUACGACAUGGUAUAUGAACUUUAUAUUCACCCAUUCCCGGUAUUCGCUAGUCCUGACGGUGCCAUUGGCAAUUUUUGUAUUUUUCCAAUCUCGAACGGAUUUGCCACCGCCAUAUCAUGUUUUAUUUAUUGUACUUAGUGCUUGCACCUCGUUGAUCCUUAUAGCGAUUUUUGCCGCAGAAAUUGAAAUUCUCAUCUCUAUUGUGGCUAUUACCUUCAACUUGUCAGAGAACUUCAUUGCGACCACUUUUCGAUCUAUUUCAACUGCCAUUAACGACAUAAUUAUUAAUUUAGAAUUGGCCAUGCAGGGAUACGAAAGAAUGGCAUAUGCCGCAAUUUUUGGUGCUCCAUUGUUCAAUAUAAUGGUCGGCAUGGGUAUAUUCUGUUACUUUAAUCAUGAAGUGCAAGAGAAGGAUUCAUAUUAUUGGAUAUAUGGGGAGCAUGGUGGAAAUUGUCACAUUUUCCUCAUACUUACUGUUCUUACUACUUUAUGGUGGACAGCGAUGUUUAAUUUCUUCGCACGUCGAUCGGCAGGUCUAUUCUCAAUUCUUCUAUACUGUCUAUUUUUGAUUUUCGCAACUUUCGUCGAAUUGGAAUGGGUGCAUGAACUAUCCGAAGAUUUAUUUAUUGAGCCCGUUUAGUAAGAAAUAAUUGCAAUUGCAUUUUUUGUUACAAUAAAUGACAAUAAUACAAAUAUAAUUAAAAUCGAAAACAUUUA